CUUCUCUUCUCCAAAGCCGUUCUCAAUCGCCCUAGCUUAUUUCUUUCUUACUCUUACGCUUCUUUCCGUUCUAAACAUCAUUGAAAGAACAAAAACCAUGGUGUUUGCAAUGGUAAGUCUCAAGCUUUCAAACUGGGUCCUGUACCAGCUCUUAGCCAACUCGUGUUACAAAGCUGCUAGGAAAAUGAGAAACUAUUGUUUCCUUUUAAGCAACCCAUCUCUUAUAUCAUCACAGCAGCCCUCUUUAUUUCCUAGCGUGGCCAAAUGCAGUUUGGAGGGUAGGGGUUCCGAUACUUUGGUUUGUGACAUUCAAGGAACCCUCCUAAGGUCCCAGUCCUUUUUCCCAUAUUUCAUGUUGGUUGCUUUUGAAGGUGGUAGCAUUGUAAGAGCACUUGCGUUGCUAUUAUCAUGCCCAAUUUUGUUUCUUCUCGACUAUGAACUUAAAUUAAGGGUCAUGAUAUUUAUAUCUUUCUGUGGGCUAAGGUUGAAGGAUAUGGAAAGUAUUUCAAGGGCUGUUUUGCCCAAGUUUUAUCAUGAGAAUCUUAACCUCCAGGCUUACGAAGUUUUAGCUUCAGCAGGAUCAAGGAUUGUCUUCACAAGCGUCCCCAGAGUAAUGGUGGAAGGAUUUCUAAACGAAUAUUUGGGUGUUUCGAAUGUUGUGGGGUCUGAGUUACAUACUGUUGGGCACUACUACACAGGCUUGUUAUCUGGGUCUGGUUUGCUUGUAAAGCACAGAGCCCUUAGAGAGUAUUUUGGGGACAAAAAGCCUGAUAUUGGUCUUGGAAGUUUAAGCCUCCAUGACCAUCUCUUCAUCUCACUUUGCAAGGAAGCUUUUGUUGUGCACAAGGAGGACAGCAAGAUCAGCUGCGCAAACACGUUUAUGAGAAGGGAAAAGUGCCCAAAGCCUGUGAUAUUCCAUGAUGGAAGGCUCGCUUUUUUUCCGACCCCAUUAGCAACUCUCUGCAUGUUCAUGUGGAUUCCACUAGGAAUAAUUUUAGCCAUCUUUAGACUCUUAGUUGGUAUCUAUCUUCCUUACAAGUUAGCUCUCUUGUUGGGCACUUGGAGUGGUGUUCACCUCGAGGCAAGAGGUAGCGAUCCUCCGAGGUCAAAUCACAAGAAAGGAGUUCUAUAUGUUUGUAGCCACAGAACACUAUUGGACCCAGUUUUUCUCAGCACGUCUUUAGGUAAGCCUUUGACUGCUGUUACAUAUAGCCUAAGUAAAAUGUCUGAAUUCAUAUCACCCAUGAAAACUGUAAGAUUGACCAGAGACAGAAAACAAGAUGGAGAUACCAUGCAAAGAUUGCUCAGUGAAGGCGAUUUGGUGGUAUGCCCUGAAGGAACAACUUGUAGAGAGCCAUACUUGUUAAGGUUUAGCUCUUUGUUUGCCGAGUUGGCUGAUGAGAUUGUUCCGGUGGCGAUAAACACGCAUGUCAGUAUGUUUUAUGGGACCACAGCCAGUGGGCUCAAGUGCCUGGAUCCAAUUUUCUUUUUAAUGAACCCUAGACCAAGCUAUUAUGUUGAAAUCCUUCCAAUGGUACCGAGAGAGCUGACAUGUGCUGGGGGGAUAUCAAGCUUUGAAGUGGCAAAUUAUAUUCAAAGACAACUUGCUGACGCUUUAGGAUUUGAGUGCACAACGCUUACAAGGAGGGACAAGUACAUGAUGCUGGCAGGGAAUGAAGGGGUUGUCCACGAUCACAAGAGGCCGAAACCCUAGUUUAAAAGCUAGCUCUUACUCGUCUACAGAGAUCUUCUUCCUUUCUGUUAAUUUUGCUUCGAAUUUCUUGUUUUUUUAUUCCUAGGGAACCAUUUUUUCUGAAGUAUAUGGCUGACAAUUUUUUGUUUCGUCUUACUGCGCAGUACGUAAGACGUUGUGAGAGAUUAAUAUAUGUUAGUAAUAUUGUUGCAUAAUGAUUCAUCAGUAUAUCUAUAUA